AUGGUACAAUACUUUUGUUUCGAUCGUUUUUUUAAAUCUGUUAAUGCUCAAUCAAAUAAACUUAUUCAAAAACGUCGUUCAAUUCGUUUAUUAAAUGAUGAAGAUCUUACUGGUAUUGAAUAUUUAUGGAAAUUAAUAUUAAAUGGUACUGAUAUUGUUGCUAAUCGUGGUAUACAAUUAAUUAAAGAAAUUUAUACAAAUAUAAGUCUAUCAUUAAAAAAUGAUAUUAAACGUAUACAUCAAACAUUUAUACAAGAAUGUUUUAAACGUUUACAACAUGUUAAUGAAAUGAUUAAAACAAAAACUAAUCAAACAACACAUCAACAUAGACUUAAUGCAUUAAUACGUAUUUUAAUUGUAUUAAGAGAAUAUUUAUCUGAAUGUGAUUAUUCUUAUCAUAAAGAUAGAAGUAUUGUACCUAUGUCAAGAGCAUUUCGUGGUCGAUCAGUAGUAUUAAUUGUUCGUUUAAAUACGGGACAAAAUCGACAAACAGAAGAUUUUGAAUAUUCAUCUCAUUUAAAUGAAACAUGGGGACAUAUUCGACGAAUGAUUCAUUCACGAUAUAAAACAAGUUAUGGUAUUCUUGAAUUAUAUCGAAAUAAUGAAUUAAUUUAUCCAGAAGAUGAUAAUAAAACAUUAGCACAAACUGAUGGUCGAGAGAGAAUUACAAUAACAGUUCGUUGGGUUCAACAAGCAAAUCAAACUAUUUCAAGUGAUGAAAGUAGUUCAUCAGAAUCUGAAAUGAAUAAUAAUAAUAUAUCAUCAUCAUCAUCAUCUGCACAUCAUAAUCGUAUUUUGGAUUCUAUUGAUUUAAAUGCCGAAAGUGCAUUACCAUCUGUGGUAAUUAAAAAAAAAAGAAAGGAGAAUAGUCGAUAACUGAUGAAAUUGAUCUUCUACGAAAAUAUGAUUUUUCUAGUAUCAAAAUUUCACUCAAAGUGUUCGAAAGUAAACCUUCGUAGAAUUAGUUCUAUAAUACUUACUUGUACUAUGUCCCGAUCACCAAUUAAAAUAGAGUUUAUUCAUGAAAUUAAUUUUUUCACUCAAUUCUGAGAGGGGG